AUGCUUUACCGUCACUUAACAACCGCCGCUCGCUCGGCCUCCCGCACGCAGGCCGUGCCAAGCCUCCGAAAUUUCGCAACUGCCGCCCCGGUUUCGGGCACCCGCAACCACAAGGUCGUGGUGGUCGGAGGUGGUUCCGGAGGUGUGAAUAUCAGUCACCAGCUCCUGCAAUCCGGCAAGUUCGCGGCUGAGGACAUCGCCGUCAUCGACCCUGCCGAAUGGCACCACUAUCAACCUGGUUGGACCCUCGUCGGCGGUGGCCUCAAGACUAAGGAAGAGCUUCGCCGUCCGAUGAAGAGCCUCUUCGACCCUAAGCUCAAGUUCUAUAAUGAUAGCGUCGCGACCUUCGCCCCGGAAAACAACUUCGUUACCCUCUCCAAUGGUGACAAGAUCGGUUACGACCAAUUGAUCGUCGCUCCCGGUCUCACUGUCUCCCCCGCCAACAUCAAGGGUCUCCCCGAAGCCCUCGCCAACCGCGAUGCCCCCGUCUCCUCUAUCUACACCUAUGACUCCGUCCAGGAGGUCUUCCCCUCCAUUCAGAAGAUGGACAAGGGUCACGCCAUCUUCACCCAGCCCGCCGGCGUGAUCAAGUGCGCCGGUGCCCCGCAGAAGAUUAUGUGGCUCGCCCUGGACUACUGGAAGCGCGCCGGUCUUUACAACCCCAGCAACCCCUCCGGCUCGGCUAUCAACAUCAGUUUCGCUACCGGUCUCCCGGUCAUGUUCGGUGUGCCCAAGUACAACGCCGCCCUGACAAAGAUGCAGCAGGAGCGCGGCGUCAACCCGCUCUUCCAGCACGACCUGGUCGAGAUCAACGGCAACAACGCUAUCUUCGCUCGUCCCGAUGGCGCAGAGACCGUGACCAAGCAUUUCGAUUUCCUGCACGUUGCGCCAAAGAUGGGAUCCCCCGCUUUCAUUAAGAACUCCCCUAUCGCGAACGAGGCUGGAUUCGUUGAGGUCGACGAUGCCACCCUCCGCCACAAGAAGUUCGCGAACAUCUGGUCCGCUGGUGAUGCGUCUAGCUGUCCCACCUCCAAGACUGCCGCCGCUGUGAUCGCGCAGUCUCCCAUUGUUGUGCGGAACCUGCUUAAUGCCAUGGAGGGCAAGCAGCCCGAUGCCGCUUACGACGGAUACACAUCUUGCCCGCUGCUGACUGAGUACGGAAAGGUGCUCCUGGCCGAGUUCAAGUAUGGUCCCGAGCCCAAGGAGACCUUUGGUAACUGGUUCGGUAUUGACCAGGCUGAGCCGCGCCGCUCGUUCUACUACUUGAAGAAGGACUUCUUCCCGUGGGUGUACUACACACACAUGGUGAAGGGUAACUGGGCCGGUCCUAAGGGAUGGAUUAACUAG